UUAGAUUCCCAUCUUUUGCCCAAAGAAAAAAAAAAAAAAUUUUAUACCCAUCAAUACACUUAACAAAAUUCCUUUUUAUCUCUCUUUUCUCCCCAUAUAUAUACAUACAAAUAAAACCAUAUAUACACCAUUAAUGGUGUAUAAGUGAUACGAUGGCUGGGACAUCAGUCCACCACAACUUAAUCUUACCACAAGAGGACCACCAUCAAAGAAAAACACUUGACUUCAUUACAAAAGAACAAGAAUGUAUCUCACUUUUGAAACAAUGCAAAAGCAUGCAAGAUUUUAAGCAAUCUCAUAGUCUAAUUCUUAAGUAUGGUUUGGUUUGGAGCUCUUUUUGCACUAGUAAUCUUGUGUCAACUUGUGCUUUAUCUGAUUGGGGCAGCAUGGACUAUGCGUGUUUGAUUUUCAAACAAAUCGACGGUCCAAAUUUGUUUGAUUUUAAUUCAAUGAUUAGAGGGCAUAUCAAAGAUAUGAAUUUAGAUGAAGCUAUAAUGUUAUAUGAUCAAAUGCUUGAAAUGGGAAUCAAACCAAACAAUUUUACUUACCCAUCACUUCUCAAAGGGUGUGCUUGCCUACGUCGGCUUGAAGAAGGAAUGCAGUUUCAUGGGCAUGUUUUCAAGAAUGGACUUGAUGAUGAUGUGUUUGUGCAUAACAGUUUGAUAAGUCUGUAUGGAAAGUGUGGUGAAAUAGCACGAUCUUGUUCUGUUUUCGAAACAAUGGAUGAUUUGGAUAAAAGUUUGGCUACCUGGAGUGCACUUAUCGCAGCUCAUGCUGGUAAUGAAAUGUGGAGCGAGUGCCUUAGCCUAUUUCGAGAUUUGACUAAUCAAAGUUAUUGGAAGGCUGAAGAGAGUGUGCUAGUUAGUGUCCUGUCUUCAUGUACCAAUUUGGGUGCCUUAGAUUCAGGGAGGGCUACACACGGGUUUUUGAUACGGAAUUUAAGUGGAUUAAAUGUGAUUGUAGAGACUUCUUUACUAGAUAUGUAUCUAAAAUGUGGAUCUCUGGUCAAUGGGUUGGCUGUCUUUGAAAGCAUGAAGGUGAAAAACCAAUGGUCUUACAGUGUCAUGAUUUCAGGGUUGGCAUUCAACGGUUACGGAACUGAAGCUCUAAGGAUAUUCUCAGAAAUGCUUGAAAAGGGAUUUGAACCAGAUGAAGUUGUUUAUGUGGGUGUCUUGACUGCUUGUAGCCAAACGAGCCAAGUUGAAAAAGGUCUCGACUUUUUCCAGAAGAUGAAAGUUGAGCACAGAAUCGAGCCUACAAUUCAACACUACGGGUGUUUGGUGGAUCUCAUGGGUAAAGCGGGAAAGGUCAAAGAAGCAUUUGACCUCAUAAACAACAUGUCAAUGGAAGCAAAUGAUGUAUUAUGGUCUUGUCUACUUGGGGCUUGCAGGGUUCAUCGAGAUUUGGAAUUAGGGGAAAAUGUUGCUGAAAAGCUACUAAAGUUGAACUCAGAAACUACCAGUCCUUAUGUGAUGCUAUCAAAUAUGUAUGCAAAAGCUCAAAAAUGGGAGAAUGUAGCUUUGACCCGAAGAGAAAUGGGUCAAAAAAGAUUGAUGAAAACGCCUGGUUUUAGCUUAAUUCAAGUGAAAAGGAAGGUAUAUAAGUUCGUAUCAAAUGACAUACAGUGGGCCCAUUGUGAAGGGGUGUCGGAUAUGAUUCACCAGAUGGAAUGGCAGCUGAGGUUUGAAGGGUAUAUGCCAGAUAUAUCAGAAGUUUUGCUUGAUGUAGAUGAAGAAGAAAAAAUAGAACGGUUGAGUAGACAUAGUCAGAAGUUGGCAAUUGCAUUUGGGCUGAUACAUACAUCACAGGAUUCACCAAUUAGGAUAGUUAGAAACAUGAGAAUGUGCAAGGAUUGUCAUAUUUAUACUAAAAUGAUUUCAUCAAUCUACAGAAGACGAAUCAUUGUUAGAGAUAGAAAUAGGUUUCAUCAUUUUGAAGAUGGAGCUUGCUCUUGUAAAGAUUAAUCGUAAUCGAUUACAAAUUUCUACCUUUCA